UGAGAACUAGUCUGUGACAUUUUAUCUCUACUAGACUGACGGAUGGAAGUUUCGUUCGUAUGGUUCGUUCGUUGUAUCGAUUUUUGGAGUGAAGUGAACUAGUGUUCGUGUCCUUUAUUAUAGUGACGUUUGUUAAAAAAAUAUCUGUGAAUGGGAUUGUGUAACGAGAUAAAACGUUUAUUUGGUGUGUGAUUUUCUAUAAAGGAUGACGAAGGACAGGUUAGCGGCGCUCCAAGCGGCGCAAAGCGACGAUGACGAUGUCGGGCCUGACGAUGUCAACGUCCCCGUUGAAGGCGGCUUCAUGGACGAAUUCUUCAGUGAGGUGGAAGAGAUACGAGAAAUGAUAGAUAAGAUUCAAGCUAACGUCGAAGAAGUAAAAAAGAAGCACAGUGCCAUUUUAUCAGCGCCGCAAUCAGAUGAAAAAACAAAGCACGAAUUAGAAGAUCUCAUGGCUGACAUUAAGAAAACCGCCAACAAAGUAAGAGGAAAGUUAAAACACAUAGAGCAAAACAUCGAACAGGAGGAGCACUCGAACAAAUCGUCAGCGGAUCUCAGGAUAAGAAAAACCCAGCACUCGACCCUUUCUCGCAAGUUCGUGGAAGUGAUGACCGAGUACAACCGCACCCAGACGGACUACCGAGACCGGUGCAAAAAUAGAAUACUACGACAGCUUGAAAUCACGGGCCGUGCGACCACCGAUGAUGAGCUGGAAGCUAUGUUGGAGCAAGAUAAUCCUGCUGUAUUCACUCAGGGGAUCAUCAUGGAGACGCAGCAGGCGAAGCAAACGCUGGCGGACAUCGAGGCGCGGCACGCCGACAUCAUCAAGCUGGAGACCUCCAUCCGCGAGCUGCACGACAUGUUCAUGGACAUGGCGAUGCUCGUCGAAAGUCAGGGUGAGAUGAUCGACCGCAUUGAGUAUCAUGUAGAACACGCUGUGGACUAUGUCCAAACUGCCACACAAGACACAAAGAAGGCCCUAAAAUAUCAGAGCAAAGCUCGACGGGUCAGAGAAGCAAAGAAUCUGUUUUUGCGCAUUAUUGGUGCCUGCAACCCGUCUGGCAAACUACAUCUAUCUGCCGAGUUCAUCAUUAACAGUAAACUAAGCUUUUAUUAUUUGUCGUUAGAUUUUAUCGGUAAUAUUCAAGUUAUAUUUAUUAUUAUUGUCUGAGUAUAUUAUCAUCCCUUUGGGGUAUUGUUUAGCUGUUAUAAUUGUUGAAUUUGGUCACUCUCGAAAUAACCAUUGACCGUUAUUUAUUCCGUAAAUGAUCGUUCUAACGAAAUGUACUUAGUUAGUUACCAAUUGAAUCGUUAAUUUUGAAACGCUCAAUUUUUGCAACACUUAACGGGUUAUUCGUUACUCUCAUACUUAUUGUAACUUUAAAGUAGCGAUAAAUAACCAAUUUGUUUUUAAAUGUUAUAAAAGGUUGCCCCCACAAAAUUAACAAAAAACCAUGUGUUGUACCAUUUAUAUUUUCUAUAUACCUAAUUAUUAAAUUAUUUAGUUCAAAGGUUUGCAAAAACUGAGCACUUUUUACUAAAACGAUUAUACAUAAAUAUCCAUAAAUAUAUUACAUAGUAGGUACGUACAGAAUAUAUUUACGUAGUUCUUGCAUAUAACGGUAUAAAUAUUCCAAAAAUCAUUUUACACUGCAGGCUCCUAGUUUACUUGCCUUGAAAGAAACAUUACAUAUUGCCUGUGGAAUUAGACGUAAUAUUUAUUACAUUAUAUUAUAUUAAGUACAAUGUUGGCUAUAAAUGAUGAAAGCUUCGGUUCACAUCAAGUUCAGCCAUGGUAUGUCGGCCCAUACCUGUGAUACAUCUUUUAAAAUACACAUUAUAAUAUUUCAUUAUAGUUACUUAAUUAAAAUAAUAUCAUUAAAGUAAAAUUUACAAAUCAGUAUUUUGGGAAUUGUGUCGUAGCGCAUGUAGGCGCCAGGGUCGUAAGGUCUUAAUACACUUGCAGUUUACGAGCGUGCUACCAUGGUUCUAUCAUGAUACUAUCGAAACGAGUUAUUGCGAACGUGCAAUCAGUUAGCCACGACAUUGCUUUGUCGCAAUAUCACACACUAUGUACUCGCGUACAAAAUUCCUGUGUAUCCGUGAAUUCCGUAAUAUCCGUGAAAAAAGUAUUCGUGCAUACGAGCAGUCAGCAGAGAGACGUAGCGAUCUCGUUGCUAAAUACAAACACAACAAAUCGUCUCGCUGGAAACAUGUUCGCAAACCGACAAUGUUCAAAAGCUCGCAGUAUUGCGACUCUCGUGAGGAAGUACUGGGGAGGUGUAAACAAUUACUGUAGUGAGACCUGAGGUGGCAGGGAGCACGCGGGUGGAGUGAUGGACGGAAUAGGCGACGGGAGAUUACGUUAGCACGAGGAAGGACUGUCGGGCAAAUGUUCCGUCGUUCAAGUUGAUAUCAACUGCCGUAUUACAUAAGUUGAGUUUAAUAGGUACAAUGCGACCAUCGCAAUAAACUAACUCUUGCUAAAACUGUGCAUCUUUAGCCAAUAGUGGAAGAGAGUCAGCUAGUCUCAAUGUCGAUGAUCGCAUUGAUCCCAUCAAAGUUUGGCAAUAGGGGAAGCAGAACACCUAGCAGGGUGGGAAAUUUCGAGCCUAUGACUGCUGUCCAUCAACGACCUGACUGAAUGAGAACCCCAAAAUAGUGCCUUGCAAUGCCAUAAAACCAUAAGUAGAAUGGGAAGUCUGAGAAUUAAGAUCACAUGGUGCUGCAAGUCUUGAAUGAUGUGACGGGUAACUGAACUGAGUUAGAUAUUUUGUCACUGAGGAGUAAUUGUCCAACGAAUUCGUUAUCAGCGUAAUUUGAUGUAGAUCGUUGGCCGCGAGGGUCGGCUCCAGAAUAAAACAUGAAUGCAUUGCAAUAUAAUGGUCCAAUGCGUUGUGGCAGAACGUUUAGAAUAUUGUAGUACGGUGGCCCUGGCGUGGAGCGUCGGGCGUGUAGUCAGCACCGCAGAUGUUGUGAUACAGCAGGCUAAAUCUCAGUAGCUAUGUAAUUUAGUAGUGUACUAAAGGAACUGAAAUAUACCGCUACGGUGUCCAUAUCAUCCUUGUCGCGAUCAUCUCGGUGCCAUCUUGGUUAUAGGGGGUUUACACGGGUCGAUUUUAGCCGUGCGGCAAGUCACCCGUCGUCGCAUCGCUUAUAAAAAUCGAAUCGCCACCCCAUUUACACCGGUCGACAAAAGCAACAUGCGACUUGUUCAUUUUCAAAGAAAAUGCUGAACAGAGCGGGUCCUCUUGGGUUCCAUAAACAUGAAUGCUUUUCAUAGCACUCCAAGAACUGUAUAGUAUUGUUUUCAUCCAUGGUAUUUUAGCGGAAUAACAAAUCGUAAAACAUAAGUACUUCAUGCGGCGAGCGAUCGCCUGUAAUUGACCAUUUACACGGUCGAUUUUAGUCACCCGCCGCAUGCAGCUCGCCGCCGCACGGCAAAAGUCGGAUGGCACCCAACUUGACCCGUGUAAAUUCCCCAUUACUGAAGUAAGUCAAUAACAAAUUAGAAGUUUGACAGUUAUUCGUAUUUUGUAGGACACUUCUUGAAGUGUACCUAUAUACUACUCGGUCAAGCUAAGUUUGCACCUCGCGUUGUUUACGUCACACUGUCACUUAGGUACGGUAUGCGAACCGUACUGACGCAACAAGACGACCGCGGGGAGAAAAGUGGGGAAGUGGGAGAGGCGCCGCAUUCCAGCGAGGUGCAAACUUAGCGCAACCGAGUUAUAGAUGACUCAGCUAUUGAGAUAUGGAAUGGCCUGCCGGUGCUGCCGGUCGAAGCAAUGGUAGCCGGUAGACGAAGUGGUGCUGCGUCAAUCGCCGCCGAGAGUUGGCGCCGUGUGCCGUCGCCCUAGCAAUAAUAUUAAUAUGAUCGAAUACAAUUUGUAAAAUUGUUUUUAACUUUCGAAUGUGUGAUAGUAGAUGCAGAUGUUGUUUAGUUAAUUUUAACAUAUUAUAAUAAUAAUUAUAAAUUAAUUGUUAUUGUGAGUGUAACAUUUAUAUUAUAAUACAGUAAGAUUUUCAAGUAUAGUGAAAGACGGUCAGUUUCGGCGCUUAAACGAUCAAAUUUUUAGGUGAAUGGAUGGUACAUAACUUUUUAGUUUUUACAUUUAAGAUCGUCUUCGUUGUACAGUAAAACAUAAUGUAGCCGUUUUAGCUAGGGUAAAUUUUUUAAUAAAUUAAAGUGACCGAGUCUCCAGAGUACGUGGAUAGACAUCGAGCGGUUUCCUUUGUGAGACGGAACACCCGGGAGGUAGAGAGAAACGCUCGACAUUUUAAGCACCAAAUUAUUAAACUUAUUAGCAUUUUCCUAAUAUAAUAAUGUUUUGCGUGGAUAAAAUAAUUAUAUUAUAAAUAUUGAUAGUGAGAUUUGUGGGUCAUGUUGUUAAUACUUGAAGUUUACGCGGAGGCUGACGGGGGACUGCAACGGCACUAAGCGACCUGUUCCCGUCUCCGCCUCGCAUCGACUCAUGACUUAUAUGCGGUUGCGUUUAACUAUAAGGAAACUAAGCAAUGUUAAUUUUAACAUUAAUAGCGUAAUUAGAUUUUUAUCCUUAAGAGUAGGAUUUCAUCUAGUUGCCUUCGUAAUAGUAGAGAAAUUAGGUGAUACCUUUUUCUCAGUAGCUUUAUCAUAGAGCGGGGAGGUCAGUGGGCAGUCGCACGUCUCUUCGCCAGUCAAUUGUCCGCUUGCCGCGGCGUUCCCGGCGCCUCGCCUAGCUAGGUGCAUCGACUCAUCGUAUCUAGGCUAAGACAACAACGGCCUCGGAGCGAGGCUGUGUACCUGACACCAAUCUUACAUUAAUGAUAGUAGUGGUUCGCGUGGCGCGGUGCGCACUUUCGCACAAGUCGUUCCAGGGAGCGAGUCUCCCGGGGCCCGGCGACGAUGAUGUAAAAUAAUUUAAGAGUAGGCGUAACACAAAUUCUAGUCAGCUUUCAUCGAUCUCUAUUCCGAUAAUCUUACUCGUAAUUGCAGUUAUAUCUUCUGUUACCUAGUGUAUAUCGUAACGUAAGUGAGGUUCUCGUGUUCAACGCGGCGGCGGCGGGAGUCGCCCGGUCGCCGGUCGCCGGUCGCCGGUCGCUCCGCGCUGCGACCGUCUCCGCGGCUCCCGCGCGCCUGCGAUUCGAUUCGUACAUUCUAAUCAAUCUUGAUAUCGUAUUGCAUAGAUAUUUUCGUAAUCAAUAGUAUGCAUAUUGUUAUUGGAUUGCUAAUUUUGUAUACCUAAGUACACAAUUAGUAUAGUUUAUAUACUUAUGUGUCAAUUCUUAUAGCGUUUUAUUACCUUACAUUAUACAUUAAACUGAAAAUAGCUAGUAAGUGUUAAAAAGUAAUUCGAAUAACAAUGUUGUUUAUCCGAGCUUUCUUUAUAGAUUAUGUUUAAUUUAAUUUUAUAAUAAAAUCAUAUAAUAUGUACCUAUAUAUUUUGAUAAAGUACGCUUAAUUUUGGAUCACCUUAAAGUAAGCUAUCAUUGUAAUUGUGUAACGAUGAAAUAUAAUAUUCAUGGAUAUCGUAUUUACCUAAUUCAAAUUGUUAGCCGUAUCGAAAACCCCGAAAUCGUAUCUCUCCUAAAAUUAAUUACUCUUGCUUUGUGAAUUUAUGGGACAACGAACACAACCAAAUAUUUAUAAGCAUAUUGAUAAUAACAAUUUCACUUGAAACUAAACUUUGGACUUGUUCUUGAGGAAAGUGUUCGUUAAGUUUGUGUGACUUUCGACUCUGCCAUUCAGAUUUGGAAGAUUUUAUUCAUGCUCGUAUUUUAAAAGUCACGCUUUACUCACACCUACGUGAUAAUGCUAGCGGCGGUUUUACCCUUAUAUUGCAUAUAUCCGCCGACAAAGAUUAGGAUAGAUAGAUAGAUAACCACUAUAUGCGCGGCAGUGCUCUAGUACCUAUUUAUUUCGCGCUUUUGGUCCCGUGCUUUUGAGUUGCGCAGGUGUGGGUGAUGCUUAUUGUCAUUAUGUACCUACCUUACCUACUUACUAUACUUACUCAUAGCAAGACUUUCGAAAAAUUGAUAUUUUCCGAAAAGCGAAUUUAGAAUUUCCUCUACUUGAGUUAGGUGGAACCUCGCGGUUUUGAAACCUUAUUUACUAAAAGUAGAGUCGCUAGACUUCAAUUCGUAGUUAAAUCUUUACAAAUAUUCAAACAUGUUAUGAUAUGCUUCUUUUUUUUUAACUAUUGAUGUUGCUUGGUAUUAAACAGGCAUUAAAUGAUAUUACGUCGAACAUUCAAAGAAUUAAAACUUUAUAUAGGUACCUACCUACCUAAUUAUGGUUAGGUGCAAAUUUUGAACCAUUGGAUCUGACCCUAGCUGACAAUCUGAACAUCGCAAUAUUUAGACAUAUCUAUCUACCCAGCUUCAACUUACCACCAAGCCGAGACCGAAAAAAUAUGUUAAUAAGAAUUAUUUUUAAUUUAUUUUUAGUGAGUAGGCAUAGGUAACGACAUGGCGGAUCUAGCAUAGCGUGGCUGAAACAGAAAUUUUGAUUUCUAUUCGUGUUAGUUUAUCGGCUGAACUAUUUAGGUACGAGUACUAAUCAAUCCUAUCUGUAAUAUAUCGAUAGGUCACAAAGCAAUGUAUUAUUUCGCCUGUUUGCGACUACAACCUGUUAUUGCACGAACUUUAUAUUUGAGAAAUAACACGUUGUAGUCGCUAACAGAUGAUUUGUCAAAAAUCGUAUGGUCUUCAUUAACAAUAUUAACAAUUUCAAUCAAAAAUUAUAAUCAAUCUAUUUGUAAUUUAUCAAUAGCCACAUAAUUAUUGUCAAAAAAGACAGGUAUUAUUUAUAUAACAGGUAAUUUUAGGUAGGUAACCACGUUGCUAACUUAUAAGAGAGGAUUGAUUGGGUAUUAAUUGUCCGUAAGCACUUUUCGAUAGAUAGAUUCAUUAUUUAUUAUUAUUAAUUUUGGUCGUAAGUUGGUUUUCCUGAUCGAAAGGUACAUAAAUUAUAUUUUCGGGAUGGCUUUUGAAUAAUUUUUCCGCUACGCGAUCGGAUCCAAUAGUAGAAAAUAUGCGUUUGACCAAAAUAAUGUUGUUUUAUAUUAUAUAUGUUUAGUUUAGUCUAAAUUGUUAAUACUUACAUGUAGUUUAGUAAUGUUUUAGUUCUUGUGUUUAUAUAUUUAUAUAAUUGUGUAUAAAAAAUAAAAUACAAUAUUCCUCUUUAUGACAAAUUUCUUGUAAUCUUGUAAAGGAAUAUAAAUUACAGUUAAAAAGUAUUAAUAAUUAUUAACAAGUGAGGUUCUGAACACACAUUGUAAAAUUCAAGUUAGAUUGGUUUUAUAGUCAUUCUGUAUGUAGGUUAUCAAUCUGAAAUUUUCUCAUAAUUAUAAAAUAAACGGUGUUUUCUGCUGU